AUGUCAUUCUACGAUUUUUACAAUGUGCAAAUGCUGCAAGCAAUGCAGCAAUUUUACGCAACGUCGGAUCUUAGCUCUCAACAGUUAUUGUUAGGACCACAGCAAUUGUUUACGUCGAACAAUACUAUCACUCCAAAUGAACUUUAUCUGCAAAACAGCGAUUUGUACUUGGAAAGCGAAAGCAACAACGAAGCUGUGGCAUUGCAAGCUCCUGAGACAUCUACGCCUGUGGUGAUUCACACCUCUGCAAAUGAGGAAAUUAUUCCUGAAGCGCAGCCCAUCUAUCGCGGUGAAAAAGAGAUGAGUAAAAGAGGAACAAAUUUUGUUUUAUUAUAUGAUAUCCCAAAUUCUCCUUUAUGUUAUAUUUUUUCCCACCACAGAAAAAUUAAACAAGGAGGAACGAUCAUAUAUCGUUGCCGCGGAUGCCAGCAACAAAACGAUUGCUACACUUCAGUCCAAGUGCAAGACGAUGUUUUUGAAAGUGAUCCAUGCAUGUUAUCCCACAAUUGUAUUCCUCUGGAUCGCUAUUGUGAUAAGGCGAAUCGUCAUGGUUAUCAGGCAUGCCAAACCAUGAGGAAAGACAAAAAGGCUUACAAAACAACACCUUACAGGCAUUUCUCGGAAACCGCCCAUGCUAUAUUAACCGACGACACAUGGAGAACACUCGAAGAAAGAGAAAAAGUGCUUGGUAAAUUUCAUGGAAGGAGUUACGAGCAAAGAAGGAGAACAUUUGCCAAGGCAGCGAACGCUCACAAAAGGACUGUAGAUCCGAGCAAUAUUCCAGAAGAUCUUCGUAACGUUCCCGGAGGCGAGGUAUUUUUGCAGCUUCAAACGGAUGAUUUGCACAUAUACUUCAGCAGAAAAGUUGUUGAGUUGGCUCGAGACCAUGGAUUGCAUGCACUAAUUGGGGAUGGAGUGCACAAAUUAAAUCCUGUUACAAUUCCAAAUAGAAUGGAUAAAGGUCAGCUUUAUGUCGUGCACGGGGCAAUCCAAGGAGGCAUAGAGGUGCCGUUACUCUACGCUGUCACCAGAUUCAAGACCGUCGGAACUUACAAGAUAGUGUUCGAAAGCCUUCGGGAAGUUCUAGGAGAAUACAAAGAAAGAUUUGUAGUCGAUUUUGAAAAGGCGGCCAUUCGAGCAGCAAGGGAGACUUUUCCUGAAACGGAUGUUCAAGGAUGCGCUUUUCAUUUAGCGCAGGCGUGGAAUAGGGCUUCUGUUAAUUUGGGGCUAAGAAAGUUCAUAAGGGGACCUAAAGCGGUUAGAGGAAUGUGGUGCAAAUGGGGUAUGCAGGAUUAUAGGACAACAAACGCAGCAGAAGCAUUUCACAGCAAAUUGCGUGGAAUGCUUUCAAAGCGAAUUAAUCCCCCGUUUGAAGAGCUGUUGGAAUGCUUGCACUCUAUCAACUCAUUAGCACUAGGAAUGCUGAAACAUGUCCAAGAGAAUGCACGCGCUUCGAGAGCUCUUCGCAAAAAAGAUCAAGAGCGUCGUGACAAGAUCAACAACGCAAUGGAUGAGUUUAAAGAGAUGCUUCGUUUGGAUGAUGAUUUAGAAAUAGAUGUCAUUAAUAACUAUUGCAGGAAGAUGUCACAGUUUGUUACAGAGAAGACUAUAUAG